UGUUAGUGUUAGGUGUUGGGUUCUGCAGAACGACAAACAAGUGCAAGACUACAUGAGUAACUGUUCUACUUUGUAGUGCUAGUAGUCUGUAGGCUAGGGUAAAUCUACAUUCAUCACUGAUGAUUGUAGCCUGUAGGUAGUCCGGACUCCUGUAGGCUGUAGUAUUUCAGUCCCCAGACUAGCAGACCCAACCCAAUACAGGAUAUUCUGGAGUGAAGAUAAAGCAAGAGACGCAGCUCCAACUCGACUGUCCGGGCAGGGUCAAGCGUCUUGACCUGUGUGCCCACGCAAUCGCUCGUUUCACAACGAGAGUCGAGAGAGUUGUAGGUAUCUCAGAAAUCGGGGGGAAAAUUGACGAGAGAAAAGAACUUUGCUGGUCAUGCUCAUUGCUUCCUCUGGUUACAAGGCGCUCAGUAAAGGUAGAGGUGGUGCUGGGAGAGGAGAAGAAGAAGAAGAACCGGUAGGUGAAGCCUGCUGUGCGGAGCUACGGAUGUGGUAUGCUAUGCAGGACCUUCGACUUGUAUUAGUAGUUUUCUCGUAACUGGCCCGAGCGACUGUAUGAUCACUCAUUCACACCUAGCCUUAGGUCUGUGCCUGCUGCAUUGCCCCGAUCGGGGUUGGAACACAACCAACACCCGUGUGGUAGCAAUAGAGUCAGCCACCACGGCAUCCUCCGCUGCUUUCCUUCUCUCGUCCGGAUGCGCAGACAAGCAGGCGGUAUCGUGCUGGUUCGCCUGCUGCUGGCAUGGCGAAUGCAGGUGCCGCGGACGCUAGCACUGCUGCUUCUGAUCCUGGUCAGCCUAUGCACAUGCGGAACGGAAGGUCAGCGCACGUGUGUUGGAAGAAGUCUCCGAAAGAAAGAACUACAGAAUGAGACGGCGAUCUGCAGCGACUACACUCGAGCCAUUUACUAUCUGGACCCGUCAGAACAGGGCGAGCGAUGGAUGAUCUUCCUGGAAGGUGGUGGUGUUUGCUCUAGUAUCACAGAAUGCAAAAACAAAUACGCCACGCAGUUGUAUAGAAUGUCUCACGAUAAAACUGUGUACAGUGACACGCUGUGUGGAACGGAUGUAUUUGAUGAGUCGGACCCGGAGAACCCAUUCCGACACUUCAGGCGUGUCAUGCUUCCCUAUUGCACGCAGGAUUUGUACAUUGGUGGCAACCUUGGCACGAAGACGAGGGAAACUUUUGAUAAGAGCAUAGCCAAGGACGUCAUGGACAGUAAGACAGACCCAGGAUUCGCCUAUGCUGGCAACUAUGUGUUUAUGUCACUGAUCCAGGAGUUGAAAUCACUUGGCCUGUCCAAUGCUACGGAGAUAGUACUGGCUGGAACCAGUGCUGGUGCAUUGGGAAUCAUGAAUCACGUACGAUGGGUGCAGGAGCAGUUCCCAAUGGCAACGGUCCGUCUUCUGGUCGACUCUGGAUGGAUCGUAGACUACAAAAGCAUCGCGGCACGGACCCUGUUCACCGAGUAUGCUCAAAGCAACAGUGCGCUGUCUGACCGUCCAGCAUGCCGGGUGAUCUACAACGGUCUGCCAUGUUGUAUCAGUCCCGUGUGUAUGUUAUACAACACACAAGUGGGAGUACCGGAGAGUAUACCCAUGUUGAUCGUUACAAGCACAUUUGACCUGUUCAUGUUGCAGAGAGCUCUUGCAGCUGUAAGGGCUCCGAAUCGCGGCCUGUACGUGAAUUUGAUUGCCGACUACGGCGGUGCUGUCAACCAAACACUGAACACGGCGCGAGCACGCCGACAUACCAGUAUUAUUCAGACGCAGUGCGGUCAGCAUACAUACCUUGUGAGCACGACACUAUGGGCAACUACAGAAUUCCGGCGUGCCGCUGACCGAAGCAUUAAUCUGCUGGGCCAGUUUCAAUAUACACAUAUCAUCGAGAGCAGCGUGUGGAGUCGUUUUGCGCUCGACAACGGCGCAGCACAACGGCCAUCGUUGCGAGACCUCAUUCGAUCCUGGUACAACCUGACGUUGGAGAAUCGCACCAUGACCGUAAGCGAUCGGUGCCAAGGAUUCCUGUGCAAUUCUCGCUGUGUAGACACCCUGGAGUUGAUGGAGAGCUCGUCGUCUUUGAGCACGGGUUUGCAGAUCUUUGCCCUGGUCUUUGCUAUCCUGCUCUCAGUUGGUGCCUUUCUCAUCAAGAUUGGAUUAAAGAUCCACAUCAGCCGGAUACACCACAGUUUGAAGAAGUUCUUGAACAAUCCGGACACUUCUGAGAAGCUGUCCGACUGCUUGCCGGAAAGUGCCGAUGUGAGCGUGGCGUGUCGCAAUCUCACCUAUGAGCUGACCAUUCCAGUGAAGGCCAAGGUGGAUGACGAGGAGGACCUGCUGGAAGGCACAACGGAGUACUCCAAGAUCCACAACAAUGGAGAGAUGUUCGUGGAUACACCCCUACCUGCUAACAACGGUCGGAUACGCAGAUCUAUUAGUGACCCCGGUGAUGGGCAACGUGUCACACACAAGAAGAAGCCGCUCCGCACGUACAGCCUGCGCUCAAGUCACGAACAGCGGCAAGAAGCAAAAGUGCCGACAACACAAGUCAAGGUCAUCAUAAACGGUGUGACGGCAUACUUCAACUCUGGCUCCAUGGUUGCCGUCAUGGGCCCAUCCGGAUGCGGCAAGACCACGCUGAUGGAUUUGCUCACCGGGCGCCGAGCCGGUGACGUGAGUGGUGAAGUAUUGGUGAACGGUCACCCGCUGGAAUCUGUCCACAGCUGGUACCACCGCAACACAGGCUAUGUACGCCAGCUAGCAACGCCCUACUACGACCAGCUGACCGUGCGCGAGAACUUGCUGUACAGCGCACUGCUGCGCCUGCCAUCCACGCAUACCAGGUCGGAGCUGUUCGAGCAGAUGAAGAUGGUCAUACAGGAGGUUGGCCUUAGUGAAAUUGAGGAGCGUGUAGUUGGAGGUACGACUGGCGGUGGCAUCAGCGGCGGAGAGAAGAAGCGGUUGUGUGUCGCCAUGCAGCUGAUGAGCAUGCCCAAUAUCGUCUUCUUGGACGAACCCACAUCCGGACUGGACUCUACUGCUGCCAAAGAACUACUCAAUGUACUGCAUAUCAUCUCACAAGGCAACCGCUUGGUCGUCGUCUCCAUCCAUCAGCCACGUCCGGAGAUCUAUCACUUGUUUGCUCGCAUCUUGUUCCUCUGCAAGGGCAGGGUUGCCUUCUACGGUCCUCCGAGCAAAGCCGUCGGGUUUUUCAUGCAAGCUGUGCAGGAUCGAAACCCAGAGUCGUUUGAGAAGCUGGCCUCCGACCCGGAGAAAUCCAACCCCGCCGAUCUCAUUUUGGACGCGCUGAACGACGAACGCAACCAGGAGUGCAUCCUGGAACACUACGAUGAUAGUGCCGAGCCCAAGAGGAUCCUGCAGGCUGUCAAGAAGGCCAAGAAACAGGCUGGAAAGUCCAGUGUGUUUGGCAUUCCCCAUGGUCGCUCUCUCUGGAGUGCUCUGCUUGCGUUGGAUGGAAGGAUGGCAAGACAGUCAUGGGGUCAAGCCAUAUACUUGCCUCUUGUGUUCUUCUUCUAUGGCCUCGGAGUUGGUAUUGCGUACUAUCAGGCGAAUAGAGGUUUUCUUCUGCUGGCUGCGUUCAACUUGUUGACCAAUAUUAGCUUCCUGUUUGUCAGUCCAGCGCUGACUAGCAUUCUGCUGGGACGGUGCCUACACAUAUUUGAGAUGGAACACGGCGACGGGGUGAUGCGUGUGUCUCACCUGGUCCUGCAUGCCUUCAUACACAUGACGGCCGUCACGCUGAUACCGUUCAUAAUGCUCACCGCUCUCAUCUUCUACAUGGUGUCCAUGGUGGGCACGUUCACUGACUUCCUGCUCAUUCUGCUCGUCAACCUGACGGCCAACGGCACUGACGUUGCCAUAGUGAUCUUGAUCUGCGUCGCCGUGCCGGAGUAUGCCACGCCCAUAGCUCAUGUGGUCUGUGCGUACGUCACGUUCUUCGAGGGCUUCCUCUACCCACUACCGGACAUCCACACGGCCAUCCGGUGGCUGAUCUACGGUAAUCCCAACUACUAUGCAUUCUCGGCCGAGAUGAAGAUACUGCUCGAUGGACGAAGUCUUCCAUGUGACCAGGGUUCAAUCUUGCAGUGUACUGAGGAAAAUGGCAACGCUAUUCUCACAACAUUUGGCUUUGAUGAUGCUGAUGUGUACCAAUCCAUGUUGAUCAUGAUGGGCAUGACAGUAUUCUAUCUCAUACUGGCUAUGAUCAUGCUCCUACCCAAGGGCUAUGUUAAGACCUACUUCAGCGUCCGGAUCCACUACUGGUUCAGCUCGUCCACCAAGCAGCCCGAUGACUCAGAACUGGCAAUCAGCAGUGACCCUAAUGAAGAUGACGCCAAUGAUGACGAUGAUGAGGAAGCACCUCUGAUAGGUUCAGGAGGUGUUGCCGACCCAGAUGAACACCGUGUCAAUAUCGUGCAAGGUCCACUGCUUCACACCAGCUCUGUCUGGACCACCAUGAAACGCCAGGCCACGCAGCACAACAUGAACCGUGGCCCUGGCGCUGUUAUUGUCCCCAUGGCCGAAGAAAUACGUCCCCGGGCACGCACUACGAGUGGCGGUGGCAAGGGAACUCUGAUGCGUCCCAAGUCGACCAUUGCUAUAUCCACGGUCGGUAGCGGCGAGGCUAGGGUCGGGCCCAAGCAGGGCACGUGGGAUUCUCUGCUCCACCGACGUGCCUCCAAACAUAACAAUGCCAUGCAGACUAUUCUAGCCGAGGAGAGAGCCAGGCCGUACGCAAUGAAAUGGAGAAUGAAGACGCAGGCAAAGAAUGGCGGAGACCAGGAUGUAAGCGGAUCCAUUGCAACCAGGCUGAUGGUCAGCAGUGUGAUCAACUGGAGCCGCACGGUGCAGGAGAAGCAGCUGGAGUCACGUCGCGAACAAUCCAAGCGUCAGAUCAGUGGUCACCGCAAGCUGAUGGAAGACAGUCUUCAAGGACUGCUCUCUCAGGUCCGUCAACAAACAGAUGGUGGUACUGGAAAGUCACCAGGCUGGGAAGCAGCACGCAACAAUUGGCGCAGGGCGACAAAAACUGCCAAGCGGGAACGAUUGAACAGUGCUGAGCAAGAGGACGGUGGCGAUGUACCUGAUUCAAGUCGGCCGGAGCAGCAGCAACAGCAACAGCAAGACGAGGGCGAGAAGAAACCGCGUCACUCUUCGUUAGACCGGGGGAAGAAGAAAGUGCAAAUCGCUGAACUGCCACAUAUCCUGGAGGAGUCGGCAUCAGCAUCUCCCACUGACGUACAGAGUUUGGACAGAUCACCACGGCCUCGGUCAACGCCGACGUCCCCGCUAUCACCGGUUACACCGUCCGGGGCAUUCUCACACUCGCCUCCUGCAUUGCAAUCAGCCAUGAGAACAUCAGCAGCUUCAUCCGGUGUCAGCUCCCAGGGCAGCCCGGCAGGGAUGUUAUCCAGGCAGCCCAGUGACACGGCGAGUGCCAGUGGUGCCUCUUCACUACCAUCACAUUCACCACCUCUAUCGCGCUCGGCCAGCCAAUCGUCUGUUCCGACUUCCCCGACGUCCCAGUCAUCGUCUUUGUCUGAGACGCCAAACCCCUCGUCACGCUUGCCCAUUCCGCUGCUUAGUGAGGAGCCAGGAAAACACCGGCGUAUCUCCUAUCAUCAGAUGGUUCUAGAGGGUCACCCCAGUUCUCGUACUAAGCGUGCUGACAUGCAUGAAACAGCAUGCUGAAUGCUGGAGCAGCAAGGGCAAUAAUGACGGACAAAUGACAAUGUCCUUUUGAGAUUAUCUAUAGCAAAGAUCAAUACAAGCUAGCAGCCCUCAAUACAAGCUAGCAGCCCUCAAUACAUUCAGCCAGGUGUCCCGGCGCAGUGUUGCUGGGCGUAACGAUUUUUAAGUUUGCACCGCGAUUAGAGUAACAGCCACAUUUCUCCCUUACCCCCACCCUCUAGCGUCAACCACGUGAACUCCUCACACGUAUGUUUGCACAUAUCUACAAAUCUCAUUGCACUUGUGUCCAACCAGGCUUUCCUACUCUGUUCAUAUGAAUACUUCCCGAAGUAUGUUGCAGAGUCGCCGUCCAUGAUCCCCAUGAGCCGCAUCUUCUCCACCUGGUCUAUUUUAUAUAUUUUGAUGCUGAAACGAAUGAUCUGUCAACCGAUGUCCAUGGUGCUCCUCCCACCUUCUUCUUCAGUUUGUCGGCCUCAAACAGGCAGUUUGGUGCUUUUCUUUUAAAUAUUCUAUUGGCUCCCAAGAUCAUAGUUACUGUUUUUAGGUUCAGUGCAGUCACCUGUUCAUCCACUGCCCUGACCUUAUUCUCCAUGAUACUGAUCUUCAUGGUUCGUUUCGCAAUGUCUUUUUUGUGUGCUGAACUUGAAGAAGUUACACUCUUACAGUUUCAGCGAGUUCAUAUUCAUACUUUACAGUUUUGACAACGAACGGAAAACACACACACACACACA